CGGCAUUUCCCGAUCCCUGGUGACCUCCCUGACGAAGCCGGUCGUAACCAAUGGCGGCCAGAAAGCUACAAUCUGAGGUGGACCGGACUCUAAAGAAGGUUGCCGAGGGUGUAGAAAUAUUCGAUGCAAUAUAUGACAAGAUGCAAGCAUCGACAAACCAAACACAAAAAGAGAAACUUGAAUCGGACCUCAAGACUCAAAUCAAGAAGCUUCAGCGACUACGAGACCAGAUAAAGUCUUGGGUCACCAAUAAUGACAUCAAGGAUAAAACGCAGCUUAUUGAGAAUCGAAAACUCAUCGAAACGCAAAUGGAGAAAUUCAAGGCAUGCGAGAAGGAAAUGAAAACUAAGGCUUUCUCGAAAGGUGGUUUAAUAGCGGCACUUAAGCAGGAUCCCAAGGAGAAAGAAAAGGCCGAAACAAGCGCGUGGCUCGCUGCUCAAGUAGAAGAGCUCUCGCGUCAGAUUGAAACAGCGGAAGCGGAGGUUGAGUCGUUGCAAGGCGGUGUCAAGAAGCGCGGAAAGGGCGGACCGUCUCUAUCGCGAUUGGAAGAACUGGAGACUCUGAACGAACGAAGGAAAUGGCACAUAUCGCGCUUGGAAAUAGUCUUGCGUUUGCUGGAAAAUGGUGCAUUAACGACAGAGAAAGUCCUCGAAUUGAAAGAAGACAUAUCGUAUUUCGUCGAGAGCAAUACGGAGGAAGAUUUUGAGGAAGACAGUGGCAUAUACGAUGAGCUCAAUUUGGAAGCCGAGGAGGCGAAUUUCCGAGUUGGCGGGGAAGAACAGUCAGAUGACGACGAGUCGGAAGGCUCAGUGCCGUCGCGUUCACCACAAAAAGAUUCCUCAAAGCCUAAGUCAUCGCGAGAGGACGCUCCGCAUACAACACGAAAAGAUGAUCAUAGUCCUGUGCUGAGGAAGGCGGCUGUCCCUAUGCGAAAAGCGACAACGGAAUCGUCAAAGCCUCCGUCAAUACCUCCCACUGCGAACUUUGCUGCAACCCCGAUGUCAGAAGCCCUCAAAGCUAAUUUGCCUCCGUCAGGUGCACCCGGCACCGCUGGGUCGAAACCAGCACUUCCCCCGAUACGUUAUGCUGCCGCCGUCGCGAACUCACACCCAAAUGGGCCGGCUGCGGCGUCAUCUCCAAGUGUAUUAAAGCCACCGAAUGGACAUUUGAAUGGCACCAUGAAUGCAACUGCCCCACCGGCAUCGUCAUUCCCUGCGCUCUCGACGCCAGCACUUUCCUCAGCAGCAUCAGUGUCGGCUCAAGAAAAUAAUGCGCUAGCCUCUCCGUCGAUAACGUCCUCCCCCAUAGCUUCUUCGGCAGCGCCACCAAGCUUAAUGAGUCGCUUAACGCCACCACCAGGUUCGUCUGGAUAUUUUGAUAGCAGACAACAAAGCCCAGCACUGAGCACACGUGCACCAGACAUCGCCUCUGCCACAUCGCCGAGAACGUCUACUUCGGCUGCUUCGCCUUUACCAAAUGAUGCCGCUUCGCAGUCCAGUAAAUCUACAGCGCCCCAGCCAUCCGCUCUGUCGACCAUGCGAACUGCCCCAGCUAGUGAACCAGCAAGUCAGCCACCAGGUUUACCCUCGGAGCCCUCUCCGUUACCCCAACAAGUUCAGCAAGAUUCACGGCAGCAACAGAAUUUAGCCACGCACCCAGUUGAGCCGUCGGCUUCACGAAAGUCAUCGCCCGUUCCUCCGGUUCGCCAGGAGCAGCCUCAGCAGCAGCCCCAGUUGCAACCACAGUAUCCUCCGGGGGUGCUUCCUAUUCCUCAGCAGCUUCAAGAUGUCGCCGGGACGCAGCAGCAACAUCCACAGCAGCAAUCCCAGCCAUCUCAAGAGCAAAUCCAGCAGCUACUACCAUCGCAACCGGGUGGGCCUCAGCCUAUCGCGAGAGUGCAGCCACCACAGCAGAGGCCGGCAGCACUACCGAGUUCGCUGGCGGACCUUGUCGCUAGCUUCGAAAGUGCGAAACAGAAAGCACCGACACGAAUGGCAAACUUACAUCAAGUUCAGAAGCCGCGCGACACAGAGAAACCAAAAUACUAUGUUCCGAGGAAUCCCUACACCACUGCUCCUUAUUAUCCUCAGCAACCAUUGAGUUCAAUGGACAACCCAGCCUUAUAUUCCCGAUUAGAGCCUGAAACACUCUUUUACAUCUUCUACUAUCACGCAGGGACAUACCAACAACACCUUGCCGCGCAAGAGUUGAAACGUCAAUCUUGGCGUUUCCAUGUCAAGUAUUUAACAUGGUUCCAGCGCCAUUCCGAGCCCUCAAAUAUCACGGAAGAAUUUGAGCAAGGCGUUUACGUUUACUUCGAUUGGGAGAGCAGUUGGUGCCAGAGGAAGAAGAGCGACUUCCGGUUUGAGUAUCGUUAUUUAUCUGAGGAUUGAAGACGUUUCCCUCUCCACCGCAUAUAUUUGUUUUUUCGUUUCCUCAGCAUGCAGGCUUUCGAUCCUAUAACUUCUAAGGCAGCCGUUGCCUAUUUCCUAGUAUAUUCACGUUCUGUAUAUUAAGUUUUCAGAGCACAAAUUCGUACUUUCUGAAUCCCAAAUUCCCAGCCGGAAUUCAGGGUAUUCU